CGAAAAAAGUAUUUCUCGUCCAUUUUGGUUUUUGUCUUACCCCAAUACAGUUAAUAAACCUACAAAAUGGCGGACGCAGCUCCAGCCCGUAGUGGAUUCCGAGGUGGUUUUGGCUCUCGCGGUGGUCGUGGUGGUCGCGGUCGUGGACGCGGUGCUCGUGGUCGUGGACGUGGCGGCAAGGAGGACUCCAAGGAGUGGGUGCCAGUCACCAAAUUGGGCCGCCUUGUGCGUGAGGGCAAGAUCAAGUCUUUGGAGGAGAUCUACCUGUACUCGUUGCCCAUUAAAGAGUUCGAGAUCAUCGAUUUCUUCUUGGGAUCGUCUCUGCGCGAUGAGGUGCUGAAGAUCAUGCCCGUCCAGAAGCAGACCCGUGCCGGUCAGCGUACCCGCUUCAAGGCCUUCGUUGCCAUUGGUGACAACAACGGUCACAUUGGUCUUGGCGUUAAGUGCAGCAAGGAAGUUGCCACCGCUAUUCGUGGUGCCAUCAUCUUGGCCAAGCUGUCUGUUGUGCCUGUGCGUCGUGGCUACUGGGGCAACAAAAUCGGCAAGCCCCAUACCGUGCCCUGCAAGGUUACCGGCAAGUGCGGCUCCGUCUCUGUGCGUCUGAUCCCAGCUCCCCGUGGUACUGGCAUCGUGUCUGCCCCAGUUCCCAAGAAGCUGUUGACCAUGGCUGGUAUUGAGGAUUGCUACACGUCUGCUCGUGGUUCCACUGGUACUCUGGGUAAUUUCGCCAAGGCUACCUAUGCUGCCAUUGCCAAGACCUACGCUUAUCUGACACCAGACUUGUGGAAGGAGAUGCCAUUGGGAUCCACUCCCUACCAGGCAUACUCUGACUUCUUGUCCAAGCCAACGGCUCGUCUGCACGCCGAUGCCUAAGAACAUCGUGAACCAGAUUUUUUAUAUAAAUAAAAGAUCUAAUAUACCAUAAA